AUGGCGCGGGUAGGCGGCACGGGGGGGAAUGGGGUAAACGGGAGGAAGGGGGGAAUGGGGAAAGGGCUGAGGGCGCGGGUAGGUGGCAGAAAGGAGGGGGGUGGAGGAGGGAGGGGGGGAGAGGGGGGAGGAGGGGGAAGGGAUGGAAGGGGGGGAGGAGGGGUAGGCGGGGAAGGCGUUAAUAAGAAGGCGGGGAAGCGGGAAGGUGGAGACUGGGGGGGUGCUGAACGAGUCUCAUCACUUGUGAACCGCAACCAAACGCCUCUGAU